AUGGGACAGAAAAAAGGAGUUCAAACAACAGGUUCCAUGGGACAGAAGAAAAGAGUUCAAACAACAGGUUCCAUGGAACAGAAGAAAAGAUGUUCAGACAACAGGUUCCAUGGGACAGAAGAAACAAGUUUAAACAACAGGUUCCAAGGGACAGAAGAAAAGAUGUUCAAACAACAGGUGCCAAGGGACAGAAGAAAGGAGUUCAAACAACAGGUUCCGAGGGACAGAAGAAAGGAGUUUAGACAGCAGGUUCCAAGGGACAGAAGAAAGGAGUUCAAACAGGUUCCACGGGACAGAAGAAAAGAGUUCAAACAACAGGUUCCGAGGGACAGAAGAAAGGAGUUUAGACAGCAGGUUCCAAGGGACAGAAGAAAGGAGUUCAAACAACAGGUUUCAAGGGACAGAAGAAAAGAUGUUCAAACAACAGGUGCCAAGGGACAGAAGAAAGGAGUUCAAACAACAGGUUUCAAGGGACAGAAGAAAAGAUGUUCAAACAACAGGUUCCAAGGGACAGAAGACAGGAGUUCAAACAACAGGUUCCAAGGGACAGAAGAAAAGAUGUUCAAACAACAGGUUCCAAGGGACAGAAGAAAAGAUGUUCAAACAACAGGUGCCAAGGGACAGAAGAAAGGAGUUCAAACAACAGGUUCCGAGGGACAGAAGAAAGGAGUUUAG